GACACUUUCCUUGACACUGCAGUUGAGGUUGACUCGUUUGUUGAGUCUCAGGCGGGAAGCACUGCGGUCAGACACACUGCAAUUAUCCCCGAAGGAUUCCAAUACGAGCCUCUCCUUUCCUCAAAUGCCCCAGUGCGCUGUGAGUAUCCCUUUAAGCUCGACAGAUUCCAAGAACUGGCUCUACAGUGUCUGGAAAGAGACGAAAGCCAGCUUGUCAGUGCUCACACAAGCGCCGGCAAAACUCUGAUAGCAGAGUAUGCCAUCCAUCUGUCAAUAGAGAGAAAGCAAAGGGUCAUUUACACCUCUCCCAUCAAGGCGCUUUCGAACCAAAAGUACAGAGAGCUGAACGAAAAGUUUGGGGACGUGGGGCUUAUGACAGGAGAUGUCACUCUAAACCCAGAUAGUACGUGCAUCGUGAUGACAACAGAAAUAUUGCGUAAUAUGAUAUACAAAGGCACAGAAAUACUCAGAGAAACACACUUUGUUGUCUUUGACGAGGUGCACUACAUGCGAGACAGAGAAAGAGGGGUUGUGUGGGAGGAAACCAUCAUUCUUCUUCCGCACAGCAUCCGGUUUAUAUUCCUCAGUGCAACCAUCCCAAAUGCCGUGGAGUUUGCUCGAUGGAUCGUAUCGAUACACAAGCAGCCAUGCCACGUGAUAUACACAGAGAAAAGGCCCACGCCCCUGGAACACUACAUAUACACGAACAGUCCAGGCAGCAGCAGCAGGCCCAGCGGAUCGCAUGGCAACAACAGAUUCUCUGGUAGAAACAAAAACAACAAGAAUGGCGAAGUAGAGACAAGCCAGCUGCAGACAGCCAGUGAUAAAAUAUUUAUGAUGGUUGACAAAGACGGACACUUUCAGACAAAAAACAUCGCUAAAAUACAGCAGAGACCGCUAGUUACAAAAACGGGCGGAGGAUAUGGAAGGCGCAGAGAGCUUAUUAAUGUAGUCGACAUUCUGCAAAUCCUCCAGAAUACGAACAAUCUUCCUGCGAUUAUAUUCUCGUUCAGAAGAAAAGAGUGCGAAGUGUACGCAAUGACUGUUGAGAAAGAGUUUGACUUCAACACGCCCGCGGAGAAGGAGCUCAUUGAAACUAUUUUCAGCAAUGCGCUGAACACUCUCAGAGAAGAAGACAGAAAACUGCCGCAGAUAGCUGGGCUAAAGUCUCUUCUGCUGCACGGGAUAGGCGUGCACCAUUCAGGGCUUAUGCCAAUUGUCAAGGAGAUCAUAGAAAUACUUUUCCAGGAAAAUCUGCUAAAAGUUCUCUUCGCCACAGAAACAUUCUCCAUUGGCCUCAAUAUGCCUGCAAAGGCCGUUGUCUUCACAAGCAUAAAAAAGUUUGAUGGAGUGCAGACGCGUUUUGUCACAAGUGGAGAAUACAUACAGAUGAGCGGCAGAGCAGGCCGCAGAGGAACAGAUAGAAUAGGGAACGUAAUACUGGCCGUGGAGUCAACGCUUGCCGUGAAUGAAAAAGAGAUAAAGAAAGUUCUGCACGGGCCAUCUAACACGCUAGACAGUGCAUUCAGGCUGUCCUACAACACGAUACUGAACAUUCUCAGACUGGAUGGCAUGGACGAAGAGUACGUUGUAAAGCACUCUUUCCUGCAGUUUAGACAGGAGAUGCACAGGAGAGAAGCAUACAUGCGAAUGCGCCAAUACGCUGACGCUCUGCGCACUGAAACAGAAGAGUACACAAGAAAAGCAGAGACUUACUCUGGAGUUAAGCCGCACAUUGAGAAGUAUGUGGAGAUGAGAAUGCAAAUGGAAACAUCGCAAAGUGGAAUAAUAUCUGAAAGCGUUCUUAGCAGACUUGUGCUCCCCGGGCGAAUAGUGAACGUAAGUAUUCCAAAGAGAAAGCAAAAGAGCAUACCACAGGGAGAGACUCUGGAAAUAGAGUAUACCGACAUUCUCUAUGGAGGAGCCACUGUGUGUGCAAUCGUAUCAGAGUACACGCCAGGACAGGAUGUGAACAUUAUCACCGAAGAUGGAGAGGCUGUCGCAGUGCCAGCAUCUGCAAUACGCCGCAUCUCUAAGACAACUCUCGACGUGAAAAGACAAAGAGCAAAGGGACAGCAGGCAGUGGACCAGCACUUCAAAGAGUUCUUCCAAGAGACAAAAAGAAAAAAUAGAAAAGUGCUGCAGGAUCUAGAGUUUUAUACGCCGCAGGAUCUGGGCAUCUCAAGAGAAGACGCAGAUAUGCGAGAUAGACUAGACAGUGCUGCAACUGCUCUGUAUGAUGCUCACAUUCGCCCGUUGGAGACAGAAGACAAAGAAGGAGUAUUUUCAAUGAUUGAUUCGCUGUCAUGCUGUUCUGCACUGCGGCGAAUGAUGGAAACACUUUCGCGAGACACUGCGCACAUGCGCUUCCUCAUCAUGGUUGAUGAGUACCACAACAAGAUGAAAAUUCUGCAGGCACUGUCGUAUGUAUCGAAUAAAGAGGUUUUGAUCAAAGGAAAAGUAGCCAGUGAAAUAAGCAGCGGAGACGAGCUGCUUCUUACUGAAAUGCUUUUCAACAACGAGUUUAGCAAGCUGUCGCCGGGAAGGAUAUGUUCUCUGCUGAGCUGUGUGGUGUUUGACGAAAAAUCAGACAGAAUGUCGCUUACGCCAGAGUCGGAAAGCGCGCUGAAAAUACUUAUACAGACAACGGAUAGACUAGUAAAAGAGUUUGAAAGACUCGAUGCGAACUUCAAAGCGAAGGAGUACACAGAUAAGUUCUGCUGCAACUUGAUGGAUGUGGUGUAUAGAUGGACAGAAGGAUACAGUUUUGCACAGAUAUGCGAGACAACGGAGGUGUUUGAGGGAAGCGUGAUACGGUGCUUCAGAAGACUCGAAGAAGUGCUGAAAGAGAUGUCGCGUGCAUCGAAGGUGAUUGGCAACGUGGAGAUGGAGAACAAGUUCUCUGCUGCUAUCUCUCUGGUAAAGAGGGAUAUCGUGUUUGCCAACUCGCUAUAUCUAUAA